AUGCCUCCCAAAAAGGCAGCAGCGGGCCCUGCUGAUUCUGUGCCGUCCGCGAACGAAGCUCCGGUGGAAGAGAAAGCUGCGCAAAAAUCAGACGCUGCAGCGCUGCGCAAAAUUGCAACUCAUCCCUCCACAGCGAUUAUGGUGAAAGAGGCGCUGAAAGAGUUGGAUUCGCGCAAAGGGGUUUCAUCCCAAGCCAUACAAAGUUAUAUCAAACGUAAAUACCCGUCUGUGGAUCUGGUGAGGUUGAAGCACUUGGUCCGCAGAGCCCUGAAGAAAGGAAUCGAAAAUGGCACCUUGGUGAGGCCUGCCAACUCCACAGUCACUUCAGGCGCGAUGGGCAAGUUUAGGCUUGCACCGAAAGUGAAACAGUUAAAACCCAAAGCUGAGAACGUGGAUCCUAAUGUGCAAAAAGCCCCAAAAGCAGCAAAGGAGGGAGCAAAGAAGCCCAAAAAAACGGGUGCCACCAAGAAGAAAGACACUGCAGAUGAGCAGAAGAAGACUUCAGAGGACUCAAAGCCUCCAAGAAAGUCACCGAAAGACAAGGGGUCUGCUGCUCCAAAUGUUGCUCCAGCAAAAAGGCCUAAAGCUAAAAAGGCUGAAGAGAAACCGAAUGAUGAGGGAACCUCUGCAACCAAAACUAAAGCACCGAAGACCACCAAAGAGGCGAAGACGGGAAAAACGUCUCAGAGCAAAGCUGCUAAAGCAGACAGUGAGGCCCCUGCUGCCAAAGCAACUGGAAAACGAGGGAAGAAGACGGCAGAGUAA